AUGGCAGAGCCGAGCAGCCACGAUGCGGUAAAUCAAACCCGGUCGGGCGGCGACCCUUUGUCUUCCGACGUUCCUGCGAGCAUUAACGACAAGAAAUCUACCGGUGGAGACGUGGGGGAGAUUAAUCAUACCGCUACAACAACAAAAUACGAAACGACAACAAAUACUGCACCUAUUGAACGAAUGGAGCCUUCCGAAUCGUUAGCGCACAAGGACGAAGCUGGGCCGGGCACUGAACGGCCGUCGACUGAUCUCUCGCGACCUGGUCCCGGACCCGUGGAAUCAAGAGCUCUGGAAAUGAAUGGAAUGGCUUCCGCAUCGGACGGCGGGGAGGACACGGCUUCGCAAGGUGGUUCGGAAUCGGACGCCAGUCGAACGGACUCCAAACUGAACUCGCGUGCCUCGUCGACAAAACGACCAACCUCGUUCAAGCCUGUCAGCUUCGCCAAAUUUUCGGUCCCGAAGGCCUCAGGCACGCCUCCCGCGGCGAAGGCGCCCGAGAAAGCUCCGUUGUCCUCGGGUACCCCGUUAGGUCAACCGCCGCAAAACUUACGCCCACGAUUAGUCGCCAAGACGACGAGUUUGCGCGAUUCAUUAUCCAAGGGGGGACCAAAUGCGGCCAAGCCGGGCGGAGGUGGUCCUGAUCCCGGCCAAGUAUGGAAUCGGAAUCAACCGGUCCAGCAAACGCCUCCCAAACACCUAACAGACGAGGAACUGAAGCAGCAAUAUGGAAUCCACAUGACUUCUCGCAUUCAGGAAGACGGUGGCGGAACGGAAUCGAAAUGGGCUGAUAUAGACGACGACGAGGAUGACUGGGCCCCGGAGACGAUAGAAUGGACCGAUGGGACCAAAACCAACCUCACUCAACCGGAGCCUGCGCCGCCAACUGUUCAGGAGAACCGAGUACCUGCGGAGCCCAAAGAAGAGCCUCUACCUCCCGAGCAAAUAUCGACUGCCAGGGAGGCACCUAAGUUCAUGCCAAAACCGACAACUUCCAUCGGACCCAACCCCACCGUCCUCAGACUUGGUGCCAAUGCGGAACGACAAGCAAAGAACGCAAGCAUAUUGUCUAGGGGCUCAAAUGAGAAGUCUCCUUUACUGUCUUCCAGUCCGGCUCCUCCUCCGGCCAAGUCGCCAUGGGCUCCGUUGCCGCCCGUUGAGAAAAUCUCGCCCGUUAUGCCGCCAGUCCAGCUUCAGCAGCAACCCAUGCGGGCCCCUGUCCGAGAACCGCCUCACCUGCACGACGGUGGCGCUGGGACCGCACAUCUCAAGGAGAUUGCGGCAGACGAUUUCAGUCGAUCGCUGAGAGAAACGCAAUAUGGUACUCGCGAACUCUUCAAUUCGAGGUCAGGCCGCUACGAGCCCGUAACCGAUAAUAGGAAAGCACCCUGGCGUGCGGAACAGGGCAUGCGUCCCCCAUCUCUGCUGCAAAGACCUGUUCCGGGCGAGCCCAUGGCCCCCCUGGGCCCCGCGGAGCCAUCGCCGGCCUUCCAAACCCACCGAUCAGGUGGCCCAGACGGUACUCACUGGACGCGACGUCGAACAUCAUCCAAUGUGAGUGGAGGAAGUGGCAGCUUUGGGCGACGGAUGUCGAUUGGCAGGCCCGACGCUGCGCAACGAUCCUUUGAAACUCGGAGAGGUUCCCAGGCAAAUGGAAUGAUGGAACCACCAGUUUUUGGUAGAGACCUGGGACCUGCCAACCAGCCAUUGCGAGAAGUUUCGCCUACUCGACAUGGUCCUGGAAUGCCCUGGUCUCCGCGUGGCCAGCCAGCUGCCCUGCAUGACAAAGCCCCAGUUACCCAUGGUCACACCGUUCAGCCGCCUCACGAGGCCCAAGCUGGCGAACAAGCAACACCUCUACCUCAAGGACCCGAGGGAUCUCAGGAAGACCCGGUUCUUAUGCAGCAGCGCAUUAUGAAGGAAAAGAGAAUGGAGGCUCGGCAACGACGGUUGGAGCAGGAAGAGAAGGAAGAGGCUGCAAAACGUGAACGAAUCCGACAGAAGCUUGAAGCGCUUGGUCCGCCCCCUGACAAAGUCAAGCAGCCUCGCCGGGAGUCGCUAGAUAGCAACAAGCUAGAGGCCCAUAUUCCAGCCACUGCAGCGCAACCCUCGCAUUCACCCCCCAAGCCUCCCGUGCCUGAGCCGACGGGCGAACCGAAACAGUAUGGAAUGAUGAAGGUCCAUCACCCAGAUACCGUCAAGAAGCGCAUCGAGAAGGAACGUGCCGCCGAAAAGGCCGCGCCAGUAGCCACUGGUCGACGUGCCCCUUCUCCCACCCGCGAGCUCAAGCCUGACGCUACCAUUGCCAAUGGCCUGCAGUCAUCUGAGGAGCCACAGGCGCAGACUCCAGAGAAGUUCCCUGAAGCCAAACUUGAGGAGCAGGCGCAGUGGCGAGGAGGCCUCAAUGUUUCCAGUCCCUAUUCGCCGUGGACUACAAACACGAAGCUUGUCGGACCGCCGCCUAUUAUGAACCCCUGGAAACCCCUCAGUAAUGAUAAAACACUGGGUAAUGGCAUAUUUGAACAAGGCCUUGGAGGCUUCCCGACCCGGGAUAUCUCUCUGCGUGGGCCUCUUGGCUUGGAUCAGUCGUCUGUCACACCAGCGUCGCAGCCGUUUUCAGCACCUUCGCGCUCACCGCAAGAAAGUGCAUCCAUCUCGCCAUUGCCGUCUCCCGAAGUCCGACAUGCAUCCUAUGAGCCUAUUCAUCCCAUUGCACGCCCAGGACCCAUUGGGCCUCCAAGCUUGCAGCAUUCUCACUGGCAGCAUGAUAACCGCGUGCCAGGGACCGCAGCAUGGCACAACUUCCAUGCGGUUGCCGCUAAGCGGGAGGCCGAUGAUAGUGAGAAGCUUCGCAAUGAGAUGAACACCAUGCGCGAGGGACCAUCGUCCCUCCCGUUGACGCUGAAUGAGACUUGGAGGCAAGUCCGGUCGGGAGACCAAGCUGGACAGAGGCAGAUUGUUGGGAUUUCACGGCCAACAGACAACAACCCACCGAUCCCGAAUCCUCUUCCCGGGUUGGAUCACCCUGUUGGUCCUCUGCCGUUCGCCGAAAACCCUGCACGUCCGCUUGGAACUGUUCCGGCCCGUAGUUCGCGAUUCUUCCCCCAAGCUACGGAGCAACAUAAGAAGCCGACGUUUGAGGAGGGCGACGAUAUGCGCAGUCCGUCACCGCCUCCUCCAGAAGACAUGUCGAACCAUCCCGUGUACACCGGAGACACGAACCGGCCCCUUGUCCACCUUCCUGCACCGAAGCCAAUUGUGAAGCUACCUCCUAAGGUCGUUGCUCCCCCACCUCCUCCACCUACAUUUGCAUCGAUGGUCGCUGCGCCGCCACGGGCUGCGCCGGUGUCCACGGCAACGUCCUGGCAGGAGAAGAUCAACUGCCUUUUCGGCAAGAAAACGGUGUCCGAGAAGAAGAACGCUUUGGCAGUUACAUCGGCUUCCAAAGAGCCCCUUGAUGUUCCGCUGCACAUCGCUUCGGUUUCUGUCUCACUCCCUCAAAAGGAUGACCUUCCAGCCGGUGACGGCGAACUUUCGGCCCGGAAAGUUGAAGAAGCAGAAGAGAUAUUCGAAGAUCGUGAAGUCGGAUCUCUACCUGUUGUUCGAGUUCCUACCAUGGCGCCUGCUGCCGCUUGGCAGGCAGCGCCGGCCCCUUCGCAGUCUCGAUUGCGGUCAAAGCAUUUGAAACCCAUGCAGGUUCACAGUAUUGAACCCUUUUCGGUCGGAUUUCACGAUAAGGAUGCAGGAGGGUUCCGAGUUUUGAUUCGUCUUCCAGGAGCCGUCAUGGCGAAAACCAUGCUUCUCCCUCAAAAGGCAGGAAGCCUUAAUUCGCUACGAUCUCGCGGCUCUUCGAGCUAUAAACCUCGCAAGACCACCAAGCCUCGCGAAGCAACUGGUGGUUCAAAUUCGAAAAAACCAACGCAAUCUCAGCACUCAAGUGGCAACGGACCUGCGCGACAUCAGUCGCGAACCGCAUCCUGGGGUCCACGCACUUCUAGUGGAUCUCGCUAG